ACAUUGUUAAUAGCAAAUAUCUAUGAAUUAAAGGAGACAAUAUUUAAGCCAAACAGUAACUGGAAAGAAGAAGAAAGCCUGAGAGUAACAUCCGAGUAUCUGUCUUGGAAACGCUUGCACUAGGGCCACCAAACAAACUCUUAUGGGAUUAUAGGAGACAGCGUUUGUGCUGCCUUCGCAAAGUAAGUGCCUUGAAAUCUGAAUUAAGUAUCAAUAUGGCGCGUAGUCUCCAGUCGAUAAAGUAUUUUAUGGAUAAAGUAACUUGUCACGUCAUUCCAGUCCAGUGUUCUGUAACAUUCCAGUGUUCUAUAACUUUCUAUAAUGUUCUGUGCACAAUGAGUAAGUUCUAAUCACAGUGUAAGAAAGUAAGAUAACGUAACGGGCCUGCCUGUCCUGUGAUUUUAAUGAAGUAGUUCGUAACUUUUCGCUAGAAGCACUGGCAGUUGAAAAGAAAAUGAUAGGAAGAGCAUACUGUGUUCCUGGAUAUGGAUCUGGGAAAAAAUACCAUCGCAGAUUUCGAAAAAGAAUGGAACGUAGAGUGCAGUGAUUGCAAAGUUUACAAAUGACACCUGUAUUACAAGAAAGCGAAAUACAAAAAUUACGAAUGUGUUCUAAGCACUUUCGUGAAAGUGAUUAUAAUAUCACUCUUGUGGGACGAUGUUUAUUAUGAACUGCAAUUCCUUUUCUAUAUGUGCCAGAAGAUAAUGUUAAACAUAUUGCAAAUACAACAACGACUACAUUUAUAAGCUUUAUCAUAAUAUGUAUCUGAAAUAGAAAUAGGAAAUGAAAAAGAGGAAAUAAUGAAGAAGUGCAAAGUUGUGGCAAGCUGCAACUGUUACAAACUGCAAAACAGUAACGAAUAUAAAUCUAACAGCAUCAACAUUGCUGACACGAAGACAUUGGACAUGUUGAAGGAAUCCAUUCAUAGCUCAAGAUCUGACAUUGUUAGACGAGUAUGAACAAUCUAUGAGAUAUAUAGAUACUAGUAGAAUUAAUUCCAAAUCAUCUGUUCACAGCUCUAUGCAAAUCACUGAUUUCAACGUGACAUCUCAAAGCAAAGAACAAGAUAAAAUUCUUCUGCACAUAUAUGUAUAUUCCUGUAAAGAGAAGUAUAAUUUAUUAGAAGUUUAAAUGGACGAAUAAAUGAAAUUAAUGUAAAAACAACAAGAACAAUUUGAAAGCAAACUAGAACAGCGAUUAGAACAACAGCAAGAAAUGAUUAAUGCAAUAUAGCGUAAAGUAUUACGUGCAAAACCUCAUCUCAGAGAGAAAUCAUAAGAAAAAAUUUAUUAUCUCCAAACCCAGAAUAUUAUAUGAAAAUGUAUUACGAUUAAAGAAAAAAUAUAGACGUUUGAAGAAUAUAGUCAACGAAAUAAAAAGAAAAAAAUACAUCACGAACAGUGAACAGACAUUAUGCACAAGUGACAAUAAAGGAAGAAUUGACAAAACUGCAUCUGCGAUGCAACAACAAUUUAUAGACAUAGUAUUGAGAAACAAUAAUGUAGCACCACAGGCAAGACGUUAUGCAGUAGAAGAUAAAUUGUUUUGUAUUAGUAUUUAUCGAAGAAUACGUUCCUCGUACAAUUUUUCAUCAAAAUAUCUAUUGUGUCCAUCUAGCAACACCUUAUUAGAUACUCAAUUCAGAAACACAAGUACAUAAAAAUAAUUC